UUAGUUUAGCGUAAUGGUGGUGAUUGUAGAGAAUAUUGACAAACUGCAUUAUUUUUAUUUGUAGUGUUUAAUUAAAUAGUGUAAAUCAAAUUAUAUACUUUCGUGGCCGUGGCCAUAACAUGCUUUCUUAUGUCGGGUUUACCUAAGACUCCUGUUUUGGUCGAGGAGGGUGGUAAUCAGUGUAGAAAACGUUCACAAGUCAGUAACGAACAAUCCAGCAAGAGAGCAAAAUUAGACGAAAUGAAUGUCAAUGAGAAGAAAUCAAACUUCUCCUUGUUAACUCCAAACUCAAAUGGCGCUAUUAAGAUGUCGGCGACCACGAUUAAACCCGGAGUAACAACAAAGAAACUGGUUAUAAAAAACUUUAAAAGUAAACCGAACCUUCCAGAAAAUUACCAAGAGACAACAUGGAGCAAACUCCGAGAAGCCGUGAUCGCUAUUCAGACAUCAAAGGCUAUCGCAUAUUCCCUGGAGGAGCUGUAUCAAGCAGUAGAAAAUAUGUGUAGCCAUAAGAUGGCAUCACAAUUGUAUGUCAACCUAACAAACCUUGUUGAAGCCCAUGUAAAAGCCAACAUAGAACAGUUCCUCUCGGAGAGCAUGGACCGCCAGGUGUUUCUCAAGAGGAUGGACGACUGCUGGAGAGCUCAUUGCAGACAAAUGAUCAUGAUACGCAGCAUAUUCCUAUACCUAGACAGAACUUAUGUGUUACAAAAUCCUAGUAUACACUCUAUAUGGGACAUGGGUCUAGACUUGUUCCGGCACCACAUAGCUAUGAACACGCUGGUGCAGACUCGCACUGUGGACGGCUUACUGCUGCUAAUAGAGAAAGAGCGUGGUGGUGACGCCGUCGACAUAUCUCUGCUCAAGAGUCUGCUGCGAAUGCUCUCUGAUCUCCAGAUAUACCAAGAUGCCUUCGAACACAAGUUCCUGCAAGCAACGGAGCGUCUGUACGCUGCGGAGGGCCAGCGGCUGAUGCGCGAACUCUCAGUAGCGCAGUACCUCGCUCACGUCGAGAAGAGGCUGAAAGAGGAGAAUGAGAGGCUUCUACACUAUCUAGACCCAUCUACUAAAUGGCAAUUGAUCCACACAAUAGAGCGACAGUUGCUCAGCGAGCACCUCUCUGGAAUACUGACUAAAGGCUUGGAGGCUCUCAUGGACGGACCCCGGCUGUCUGAUCUCACCACAUUGUACAAUCUCUUCAGCAAAGUCAAGGAUGGUCUCAAUGAACUGUGCAACCAUUUCAAUGCAUAUAUCAAGAAAAAAGGUCGCACAAUAGUGAUAGAGCCCGAGCGGGACAAGACAAUGGUGUCUGAGCUGCUGGAGUUCAAAGAGCGGCUGGACCAUGUGGUCAGCUCCUGCUUCCAGCGCAAUUCAAAGUUUGUGUACUCCAUGCGGGAGGCCUUUGAGUACUUCAUCAACCAGCGGCAGAACAAGCCUGCUGAACUUAUUGCCAAAUUUGUUGACUUAAAACUCCGGGCUGGUAACAAAGAAGCGACUGAGGAAGAAUUGGAAAGACUCCUUGACAAAAUAAUGGUGUUAUUCCGGUUUAUACAUGGCAAGGAUGUGUUUGAAGCAUUCUACAAGAAGGACUUGGCAAAGAGACUGCUUGUUGGCAAGUCCGCUUCGGUUGAUGCUGAGAAAUCAAUGCUCAGCAAACUGAAGCAGGAGUGCGGAGGAGGCUUUACUUGUAAACUGGAAGGAAUGUUUAAAGAUAUGGAGUUGUCUAAGGAUAUUAAUAUCACAUAUAAACAGCACUUGGCUGCAAGUCAGGAGAGCGGUGGUCUGGAGCUGUCAGUGUACAUCCUGACGAUGGGAUUCUGGCCGACGUAUCCUGCGGGCGAGGUGCGGCUGCCGGCCGAGCUGACGCGCCACCAGGACCACUUUGCCAAGUUCUACCUGGCCAAGCACUCGGGUCGUAAGCUGCAAUGGCAGGCCACACUCGGACACUGCGUGCUCAGGGCGCAUUUCGCACAGGGUAACAAAGAAUUACAAGUAUCUCUAUUCCAAGCUCUCGUUCUGCUGCUAUUCAACGACGGUGACAACCUCUCCUUUGAAGAUAUUAAAACUGCUACUAACAUUGAGGAGGGCGAGCUGCGACGCACGCUGCAGUCUCUGGCGUGCGGCAAGGCGCGCGUGCUGAGCAAGGCGCCGCGCGGCCGCGAGGUGCACGACGCUGACCACUUCGCCUUCAACAAUGACUUCACCAACAAACUCUUCCGCAUCAAGAUCAACCAGAUACAGAUGAAGGAAACUAGUGAGGAGCAGAAGGCGACAGAGGAGCGCGUGUUCCAGGAUCGGCAGUACCAGAUCGACGCGGCCAUCGUGCGCGUCAUGAAGAUGCGCAAGGCUCUCUCGCAUAACCUCCUCAUCUCCGAACUCUACAACCAGCUCAAGUUCCCAGUCAAGCCCGCCGACCUUAAGAAGCGCAUUGAAUCGCUCAUCGACAGAGACUACAUGGAGCGCGACAAGGACAACCCCAACCAGUACAACUACGUAGCUUAAGAACCCCCUCCGUGACCCCCAGCACCCCCUGCGGCACCCCCCGCGGCACGCCCGGGACCCCCCGCACACCACACACGAGACAUGGCACUGAAGUGACUUGUGACGCAAAUUUUGUAUCGUUCUGUGAACAUUUUAAAAAUAUAAAAAAAAAUUGCGGCCUGACGCCUUUGGUCGAUGUUUGUAGAUAGAGUUAGCUUCACGAACCGAGCUCAUGGCGGCCCCGGCUUUAUCAAUGGAUAAUUAUACGACACGCUAGGAAAUAACGUGUGAUAUUAGACAAUUGAUGAUCCUCUGUGAAACAUUUAUCCAAAUUAACCCAUACAUUUUUCUAUAAUAGAAAUAGUGCAAUAAAUGUUUUGCUAAACAAACAUUGUUUUAACUUGUGUCUAUGGCCAGCAAAAUGUACACACAAUAUUAAUUUAUGUAUUACAAUAUUUUAUUUAAUUUAAAUCACUUUCUUAGGACAUCGUCGUAGCUAUUAUAAAAUUUUAAACCUUUUUUUUAAACUUUAGAAAACUAUGAUAAAAAAAAAUUAAAAAUAAAACAAUUUUAGUCCAAAUAAAUUCGCUACUAAAUCGAGUUUGAUUCUAAAAACAAUAAAAAGUUCUUUUAAUAAAUCUACUUAUCAAUAAUCUUUUUUAUCGUACCCAAGCUUAACCGGGUCGAAUUCCCAGCUUUGUACUGUUAGGAAGAAAAUCCGACACUGCCGGUGUAUCGGCAAAACACUAGCCUUAUGUCACUUGACGUGGUAACAAAAGCGUGCCAUUCGCUCUAAGAAUGCCUAAAAGUACUUACAAAUAAAUUCCAAAGUAAUUAUCAAAUAGUCGGAUUGUUGACGUCUUCUCUUUACGUGAAGGUUCGAUUCGGCGGGGGCACAGCCAGGCCACAGGUAGCCAAUAUUCUAUUGCAUACUAUAUACUGCGUCUAUUUAAGAUAGAUUAGUUUGACAAUUUAAUAGAUGUGGGUUGAGUAAAAUCGAUUAAGAGUUUUUUCGAUUUUCGAUGGUUACUCUCAUAGAACUUGCAUCCACUUAUCCUACAUAAGUACAUAAAGAAAUAAGACAUUAAACCAAAAAUUGCGGCGUUGA